AUGGUGGCCAGCUCGAGCAGCGCGCUCGCUCGUGGCACCGUGGCUCUAUCGCUCAGCCGGCGCGCCGCGCUUCUGCCGCUGCUCGCGGCGGCUGGGCCGUCGGCGCUGCGUCCGGCCGGCGCGAGCGCACCGCAGGUCGGCUACAAGACAGCGUCGGGCCUGCGCUACUUUGACUUUGCGGAGGGGAGCGGCGCGCCGCCGCGGUUCGGCCAGCUGAUCCGCUUCCACUACGUCGGCUACACCGCGACCGACGACUCGCUCGAGCCCUUCGACUCGUCGUACGAGCGCCGGACGCCGUACUUCACAAAGCACGGGAACGGCUUCACCGUGCAGGGGCUGGAGGAGGCGCUGCACACGAUGAGGCCGGGCGGGCGGAGGCGCGAGCCGCUCAUCUUCGACUUGCAGCUCGUCUCUGUCGCCGAUGAUCGGCUAGACCGCGGAGACUACGACGAGGACGACGGCUCCGACGUUGCCGACCUCGCCGCCGCCCAGCCGCGAACGGCAGAUGACGAGCGGAGCUCCGUGCUGCGAUUGCUCGAGAGGCAUGCCGCGACCCGGGGGGCGCGAGGGCCCGACAGUGCAAAGCACGCGCCGGUCGAGCGAUCGACUGGCCCAGCGCGCGCCGAUGAGCCCCCAAUACCCAUCCAGGGCUAA